ACCCGCACUGACCUGGAUCCCUGCAGGCAGCUGAGCUGCAGAGAAUCCGGGUGGACUCAGAGCCGCCGUGACCCUGAUUUGCACCCACCCGGAACCGUCAGGUCCACUUUGUACGACUCUUUGACGGCGCCGAGGCGGUUCUGUCCUUUGAGCUGCAUUUUGUCCCCGCAGCGUUAGAUUCCCCGCCGUGUUUACAACGUUGUGAUGUUUCAUAACCGCGCAGACGGCCUACAUCUGUCACUGUCCAAAUCAAUAGAGAUGAUUGAAGAACCGUCCCAUCGCCUGAUUGGCUGAGCCGCCUGGCCCGGCCCCGCCCCCUCCCCGCCGCCACAGGAGGCAGAUAAAAUACGAGACAAGUUCAGAUGAGUUCUCAUCCUUCCUUUUGUCAUCUUGACUGUUCCAACAUUGAAUUGUUGCUACUGCACCUGAACGCACCGUCUCUCUACUUUUACACGUCAGGUUCUGAAGUGGACUGGAUCUGGACCAGGAUGGAUGUGGAGGAUCUGGACUAUCACUCGGCCAGCACAGAGCGGAGCUUCCUGGACUCCCCCUCCUCAUCCUCGUCUUCGCCCCCCCCCACGCAGCUGGGCUCCCCGACAGGGUCCAGCUCCAGCGCAGGAAGUGGCGUCAGCACGCCGUCUGUGGCUUCCUCCUGUUUCUCUGAGUCCCAGCACUUUUCCUGCCAGGUGGAGGCGCUCUUCAGAGGACACUUCCCCCAGCGGCUGUGCCUGGUCUGUGGCGACGUGGCGUCGGGAUUCCACUACGGCGUGGCGUCCUGCGAGGCCUGCAAGGCCUUCUUCAAGCGCACCGUCCAAGGCAACAUGGAGUACAGCUGUCCCGUGAGCAAGGAGUGUGAGAUCAACAAGCGCAGGAGGAAGGCGUGUCAGGCUUGUCGCUUCCACAAGUGUCUGCAGGCCGGCAUGAUGAAGGAAGGCGUUCGCAUGGAUCGAGUGAGAGGAGGACGACAGAAGUACAAAAGACGAGCGGAGGCGGGAAUAACUUCCUAUUCCAGAACAGCGCACGGCGCCUGCAGCAGCAGCAGCCAGCCCGCCCCUCUGGCUGCCAAUCAGGAUGAAUCGACCAAUGACGGCACCCUGCUGACCCUCUGCGACCUCCUCAACCGCCAGCUGCUGGUUCUGAUUGGCUGGGCCAAGCAGAUCCCAGGCUUCUCCGCGCUCUCGUUGGUGGACCAGAUGUCACUGCUGCAGAGCGGCUGGAUGGAGGCGCUGCUGGUGGGCGUGGCCUGGCGCUCGCAGGGCGCGGCGGGGAAGGAGCUGGUGUUCGCCAAGAACCUUCGCCUGGACCAGAGUCAGUGUCGCCUCGCCGGCCUCAGCGAGCUCUACGACGCCGUACGUCACCUGACCUCACGUUACUGUCUCAUGGAGCUCAGCCUCGAGGAGGUGGUCACCCUCAAGGCCAUGGCCCUCGCCAACGCAGACGUGGACCCGGUGGACUGUCCCGACUCGCUGCAGCGCUUCCAGGACGGCCUGCACGAGGCCCUGCAGGAGUACGAGGCGUCCUGCGGGGGGCGCCACCGAGCGGGCCGCCUGCUGAUGAGCCUCCCGCUGCUGCGCGAGACGGCCGAGCGGGCCGUGGAGGUUCUGCUGAGGACGCGCCGCCGCGUUCCGCUCCACAGACUGCUGCUGGAGAUGCUGGACGCCAACUUGGCUAAGGUCUGAGCGCGUCCUGGCCAUCGUCCACGCGACAAUGGAAGACAAACAUCUCGGGGGCACGCCGCAUCACGCCUUGUUUGGCGGAUUCAUCCGCCAUCUCAGAAUGGACUACUUAGACCAGGGCUGUCUACUUACAAAUGAACCCACGCCGGGGCCAUUUUGAUAGUUUAUUUUCAAAACAAAUACCAUAUUUUUCGGACUAUAAGUCGCAGUUUUUUUCAUAGGUUGGCCGGGGGUGCGACUUAUACUCAGGAGCGACUUAUGUGUGAAAUGAUGAACACAUUAUAAUAUUAUUUAUCUCAUUCACGUAAGAGACUAGACGUAUAAGAUUUCAUGGGAUUUAGCGAUUAGAUUGUUUGGUAAACGUAUAGCAUGUUCUAUAUGUUAUAUCAGUGACGUGCGGUGAGGUUGAUGGCUGGUGAGGCACUGACUUCAUCACAGUCAGAUUUACAAACAUAUGAACCCUAAAGAGUAUCUUAUUCACCAUUUGAUUGGCAGCAGUUAACGGGUUAUGUUUAAAAGCUCAUACCAGCAUUCUUCCCUGCUUGGCACUCAGCAUCAAGGGUUGGAAUUGGGGGUUAAAUCACCAAAAAUUAUUCCCAGGCGCGGCGCCGCUGCUGCCCACUGCUCCCCUCACAUCCUAGGGGGUGAACAAGGGGAUGGGUCAAAUGCAGAGGACACAUUUCAUUACACCUAGUGUGUGUGUGACAAUCAUUGGUACUUUAACUUAACUUUAACUUUACACAUACAAACUGUAGCACACAAAAAAGCACAUUUAAUUAAAAAAAACGUUAUUAUGGUCUUACCUUUACUUAGAAAUUAAGUCCAUGCGCCGCAACUAAAGCCCUCAC